AUGGCCAAGGAUAGGUGCCUUAAAAAGGCCUUUCAGGAAAGUCUGGAAGAAAUAAAGAAGUGAAUGAAAGAAAAAAAGAAUAAAAACUUGACAAGAGUGGCAAACGAGUUUUUCAUAGCUGCGCCUUGUCAAAUAAUCAGUAAAAUCUUGAUGUUGUAUUUUGCAUCACUUUUGGCUUUGGAAAAUGAAAAAUCUGAAGUGAGAAAAGCCCAAGAGACAAUCCUGCAGCUGAGAAAAGAAUGCUAUCACCUGGCGUAUCAGCUGUGCGCAUUGAGAGACAAACUUGCUUCUAAACAAGCAGAAGAAACUGCUCAGCACGAGGAACUAUGUCCCUCUGGAGUGGACUCCAGUAGUGAUAACCACUCCAGGGAUUUACCACUGCAAGUUCCUCUUCAAGAAGCUUGCCUUCCAUCACAAGGAGAAACUUUCAAAGUAGAAGGAUACCAAGCUGGCCAGAUGCUUCAGCUGAUCCAGUAUGAAGAACUGUUUGAAACCAAUCCACGAUACUUCCUUCAAGCUCUGUGGUUCUUCAUUAGAAAUCUAGAUGCCACUCAAGGUAUCUUCAAUACAUAUGUCCAAUUGGUUGUAAAACUAAAUAAACCAUUUUGCUUUAGGCACACUUCUUGA